CCGGUUUAAACUGGGUGAAGUACCCUAUUUAGGCCUUCCAGCGAAACAGUGUUGUUGGCGUGGCAUGGCGUAGUGGCCCCAACCCUCCCGGAGGCACACCCAGCCACGCCCGGGCCCGAACACUCUUUCGCCAGAGCCAGAACGACUGGAGCGCGGCCGCCGGCUUGCUGCCUGUCUUCAUUGUUGCCGCUGCCGCCGUCACACACGGGCCCGCCCUAGUGAUGGAGUGCUCCGUCUGUCUGGAACCGUUCGACCAGGAGAAGCGCCGCCCGAAGUGCCUGCCUUGCGGCCACACCUUCUGCAUCGAGUGCCUGUCAAACGACCGCUUUGGGGCGACGUGUCCUCAGGACAGAAAGCGUUUUCCGACCCUUCCAGAGGAUUUGCCUGACAACUUUACUGUCCUGAGCCUUGUUAGCGAGUUGUCGAAGCCAUUGGUAGCUGUUCACCACCUCUGGUGUCGGCUCUGCAAGGCAGUAGCUACGAUUAACUGUGUCGAUGAACACGCUGUGUGCAGCCUCAGGACGGCGCGCGCCGACCAGGCUCGGAACGAGGUAGCAGCUUUGCGAUCGUCAGAGAAGUCGCUGAAUGAUCUGAUUCAACAGCUUGAUAGGGAGGCACUUGGAAACGAGUUUGAUUCCUGCCUUGCUGUGCUAGCAGCCGAGCAGUCAGACUUUGCAGCGCUGCGCGAAGGUCUGGUAGCGGCGCAGGUAGCGGACGGGACCAAGUGGGAAGACGCUAUAAGAGCGGCUCGCUGGAAAUGCUCGCAUCAGGGAUUGGCAGCGUGUGCGUCCCACCUUAAUGACGUCUUUAUGAAUACGUCAACGUCGUGCAGUCUGAAGUUGCAGUGUGGUGAUGAGGUCCUCUGUGAAAUGGUCCUACCGGUGCAGGGGAAUGCGGCUCUGAGACUCCUUGUCUGCAGCGCCGCUUGCGAGGGUCACCUGCAUCUGCGUAGCCCAGGAGAACAAUCUUCUACGGAUUGUGCCAAGCUCAUCAAAGGUCCCAUACUUUUUGUAAAGGAGAAGUCUUCUGACCUUCAGUCAGUUUCUGAAAGUGAUACACAGAACAAAACGAAGAGUUCAACUUUUGCGGAUGGAGCAGGAUCUCAUGAGCUAUCCAGGCAGCUUUCGGUUUCGUCGAAUGGCGAGACGCGGACCGACGACUUUGACGAGAGUUUCUCCCACUCAGCGGACUCCACGCACAUUGUUUGGGAAGAAGUUAGCAACGCCGGCUGGUGGUCAUCGAGGCCCAUACGAGUCGGGUCUAAGGUCCUCCGUGAUCGUUCUUGGCCCGAGGAGUGGACGUGUGACGUCGACGUGAGCGGCCAUCGCAGCGAGGGCGUUGUGACUAAGUUAGAUGGAGAUCUGGUCAGCGUCAGGUGGGACUGGAACGGCAAGGAACUACAAGGCUUUCCAAUGGAAACUCUCAGGCCUCUUGCCACGUCCACAGAGUUGCUAGAAACAUGGAAUGCAGGUGACGUGGACGGCCCUCACGCGUACGACGCAUGGUCUAUCUUUAACGCUGAUGUGCCGAAAAUGUCCACUAUGUUACUGUCGUCUGGGCGUUUAAAGGAGGUGCGUACCCUAGUCGGGCUUCGCUGUCGACUUAACGAGGGCCGUUGGGGCCACUUGGUCAUCCGUGAAAUAGCCCCACGUGUCGAAGUUCUAGGACUAAGCAAUACUGAUGACGAUCACUUGCACAUGGCUGCCACACAGAUGCCUUGCCUACGUGCAUUGCACCUCACGAGAGUGACAAGGAAGCAGCUUCUCGAGGUCGCACGUAUGCGGCAACUCCGCAGGCUUGAGGUGUACUCAAACCAUAAGGAGUUGCACGAGCUGUCUGGCCUGGAGUUUGCCUCGCCCGCUGACGGUGCCGAUGGUCUGCGCUGGCUGCGCGUCGGCCUGUACCCGCUGAGAACCGCGCUGGCCCUGGCGAGCGCACACGCUGCAUCUCUCGAAGAGCUGCACCUAGUGGCCGCGUCCAAGGACCCGUACGGCUGCACGGACCUGGCCGUGGAGCUGCGUCGCUGCGGGUUCCGCGCGCUCAGCCGCCUGGUGCUUGUCCGCCGCACCACCGACUACUUCUGCCGGCACGACGAGGAGGAGUGCGUCAAGCAGAAACGCAGCCUGUACUGUAACUUUUUACCGAACGCACGUGUCAGCGUGCAGUGCAGCGCAUGUGACGCUGUCGACCCACCAGCGUUUUAGGCGUCGUCGCAAUGUCGUAAUUUGCUCAGCAAGAGAUUGUGGUCAUGGUUUUGCACUGUGUUAAUACAGAGUCGUGUCUGUUUUGUUUUUUUUGUGUGUACUUCCUGCACCUUUCUGAGUAAAAUGUGAAAAAAGUGUAAA